AUGAGGGCUAAACGCUCGAAAAAAUACCGCAAGCUCAUGCAUCAGUAUGAAUUGACGUUUGGUUUUCAUGAGCCUUACCAAGUUCUAGUGGACUCGAAUUUCUUGCGCGCAGUACACCAAUUCAAGAUGGAUCUUAUUCCCGCCUUGGAGCGGACAUUGCAAGGCAAGGUCAAGCCAUUAAUCUCGAAAUGCUCUCUCGCUGCCAUUAUGGCCGCUCAGCCUAUCAACCCAAGGACAAACAACCCUUUCAGACCUCAACAUCUGCCUCCGCCCACAAUUCUCCCAUUGCGACAUUGCUCCCACAACGACGAUGAUACCCCUAUCGACGAAGUCGAAUGUCUUUUAUCACUGCUCUGUCCGAACCAGGACACCAUGCGCAAUAAAGAACAUUAUACCCUUGCGACUGCUGAGCCGGUGGCAUUGGGUCAUGAUGAUGUGAACUCAGACAACCCGAAGAAGCGGAAGCAUGCCGAAUCGUUAUUGGAGGAGAGAAAUCAAAAAGCAGCUGCUCUUCGCUCAGGUGCUCGGUCUGUUCCCGGUGUGCCGAUUAUCUACGUCAAGCGAUCGGUUAUGGUCUUGGAACCGCUGAGUAUACCUUCAGAGAAAGUGCGAUUGGGCGUUGAGAAGAGUAAAUUUAAGGGCGGCGUGGAAGCUGCAUUAGAUGUGAUCAGUGGUAUCAAGCGGAAGAGGGACGAUGAAGAGGAAGAAGAAACAACAACAAAAACCACUACUUCUAGAGAUCGGGGACUCAAAAAAGCCAAAGCGCCUAACCCCCUCAGUAUGAAGAAACCGAAAAAACGAGAAAAACCAAAGCCAGAGAAUCAAGGGAAGACAGGCGAUAAACAGAAGUCACGGGAGAGUCAAGACGAUGGCAGCAAUGGCCAAAAUGAUGCGGCUGAACUCAACGCAGAUUCCUCAGUCAAGAAGAAGCGUAAGAGAAAGCACAAGAGCGCGAGUGCCAAAGCUGGCACCGAAGCAACGGACACUGCCCACGGCCAAGGUCAGGCUUUCGAUGAAUGA